CAGAUGGACAACACUACAAAAGUGCCUGGGGAGAUGGACGUGACUCUCCAGGGCAUCAAAUACCUUCAGAGCCCCCGGCAGGUCGUGAAAGGAAUUCUUCUUUCUGCUCGGAAAGGGAGCGCCCACACUAUUUGACAUCGAGUCCAAGGCUGAUUCCCGCACUCAUCCUACACUUUGCUGGGUUCUUGCAGAAGGCAAUCUUCCAGAAUGUCGAAUUCCGUGGCACCCAUCGACGGACAUUCCGUGGAACCCAUUGACUUGGAAAAGUCCCCGGAUUCCACCUUCGCCGACGGACACGACAACGACAAGGACUUUGGCACGCAGACCACCGCCGACCAUUAUGCAGAAACCGGAUCCAUCUAUGACAGUGACUUCGAGGAGAUCGGCCUGAUGAAGCAGGGUCUUCACCAGAGGCACAUUCAGAUGAUUGCUCUCGCGGGGUGCAUUGGCGUUGGUCUCUUCCUCAACUCCGGACGAGGCAUCGCCGCCGCGGGACCGCUAGGUGCUUUCCUGGCGUAUUCCAUCAUGGGAGUGUUUGUGUCCUCGGUCGUGCUGACCGUCGGGGAGAUGGGUGCGUUGGUGCCGCUCAGCGGCGGUGUCGUGAGAUACGCCGACUACUUUGUCGACAAGUCCCUUGCUUUUGCCAUGGGUUGGAAUCAGAUUUACUCGUACGCCGUUUCAAUUCCCGCAGAACUGGUUGCGGCAUCGGUGCUAGUGGAAUACUGGACCACCUCCAUUAGCAGUGCCGUCUUCAUCACCAUCUUUUCCGUCGCCCUUCUGCUCGUCGCACUGGUCUUUGUCAGGGUCUAUGGAGAGAUUGAAUUCACGUUCGCGAUACUUAAAAUCAUGCUCAUUAUUGGUAUCAACAUCAUGGCCCUGGUUAUCACCUGUGGCGGGGGCCCUGAGGGCGGAGCCAUUGGCUUCCGAUACUGGAAACACCCGGGGCCGUUUGUUCAGUAUCUCGGUAUCUCAGGAUCUUUGGGUCGUUUCCUCGGCUUUUGGAAGACCUUGGUCAACGCCCUAUAUGCAUUCUCCGGCAGUGAGAACAUCAGUCUCGCGGCCGCCGAGGUGAGGAACCCGCGCCGAAGUAUUCCAAAAGCAGCGAAGCGUAUCUUUGCGAGGAUCCUGAUGUUCUAUGUCAUCUCCAUCUUUAUGGUCGGCCUGGUCGUACCCUCGAACGAUCCGCAUCUGCUCAAGAGCACCGGCACAGCCUCACAGUCCCCGUUCGUCAUCGCCGCAGUCCGCGCGGGAAUCAAGGGGGUACCAAGUAUCAUCAACACCAUCGUCAUCACGUCCGCGUGGUCGUCGGCGAAUUCGAAUAUGCUCGGUGGACCGCGAGUGCUCUACGGACUCGCCAAACACGGACACGCGCCUCGCAUCUUCUUACGCCUCAAUCGAUUUGGCGUGCCAUAUGUGGCGGUUUCCUUCCUCGGCAUCUUCAUGUGUCUCGGAUUCAUGACGCUGUCGAGCAGCUCUGCCAACGUGUUCGGCUGGCUGCAGGACAUGGUGGCCAUCAGUACGAUGGUGAACUUUAUCCUAAUUCUGGUCAUCUACCUGCGCUACUACUACGCGACCAGAGCCCAGGGUGUCAACCGUCACACCGAGCUCCCCUGGGCAGCCCCUUUUCAACCGUACGCGAGCUGGGCUUCGGUCUCUUGCUUCCUGUUGCUCUACAUAACCGGUGGGUUCAACACCUUCAUCCACGGCCAAUGGUCGACCGAGACCUUCGUCUCCAACUAUCUCAACUUGCCCGUCGUGGGCAUUCUGUACGUGGGCCACAAGUACUUGAGGCAAACCAAAAUCAAGCCUCUCCCGGCCGUACCCCUUCGCAAAUUUAUCGAGCACGCCCAGAACAACCCGGAGCCUCCUCCAAAACCGAAGAAGGGCCUCCAGAAACUGAAUAUCUUGUGGGGUUAAUGAGGAAAACGAGCGCCCGUAGGCGACGACAAGGCUCACGAGGUUAUCUCGAGAGAGAGCCUUCCGGGACAAUGUGGGGAUCCUGUAGUAUGUACAAUGGCGAAGAAGGGACGAGCAGGGCUCUGCAAAGGAGUGUAACGAAUGACUGAAAAGUUCUUCAGACGUCGACUUGUUGAUGAAGAGAAAU